GUGAACGAUACCGACGAGGCAGCCACACCGCAGGGAGAAAUUCAAAACAACCCUUGCAAAACAAAACACAUUUCCAGUUUAGAAGAACGAUUGGAGUCAUGAUGGCUUCACAGAUUCUCUCUGCAUUCACUUUGGUGCUUUUCCUGUUUAAAGAGAGCGCAGCCUGGACUUAUAGUGCUUCCACAGAAAACAUGACUUUCGAUGAGGCUAGUGCUUAUUGCCAACAAAGGUACACACACCUGGUUGCCAUUCAAAACCAGGAAGAGAUCGAAUACCUGAAUGCCACAUUCAGUCAUUCACCAAGUUACUACUGGAUUGGAAUCAGAAAGAUCAACAACAAGUGGACCUGGAUAGGGACCAACAUGCCUCUGAGUGAAGAAGCCAGGAACUGGGCUCCAGGUGAACCAAACAACAUGCAAAAGGGUGAGGACUGUGUGGAAAUCUACAUCAAGAGGGAAAAGGACUCCGGCAAGUGGAAUGAUGAGAGAUGCAGCAAAAAGAAGCUAGCUCUGUGUUACACAGCUGCCUGCACCAACACAUCCUGCAGUGGCCAUGGGGAGUGCGUAGAAACCAUCAACAACUACACCUGCCAGUGUCAUCCCGGCUUCAGUGGGCUCAACUGUGAACAAGUUGUGACCUGCCAACCACAGGAAUUUCCUGAGCAUGGAAGUCUGGAUUGCACUCACCCUUUUGGGAGCUUCAGCUACAAUUCUUCCUGCACUGUCAACUGCGAGAAAGGCUAUAUCCCCAGCAGCACCGAGGUCCUGAGGUGCACUUCCUCUGGGGAAUGGAGCGCCCCUCCUCCAACCUGCAAUGUGGUUCAAUGCGAUCCUUUGACAAAACCUGCCAGUGGAUCCAUGGACUGUUUUCAGAACUCUGGAAGCUUCCCCUGGAACACAACCUGUGCAUUUGACUGUGAGGAAGGAUUUAAACUAAUAGGAGCCCAGCGCCUCCAGUGUACCUCAUCUGGAAACUGGGACAAUGAACAACCAACGUGUAAAGCUGUGACAUGUGGUGCUGUGCGCCAGCCUCAGAAUGGCUCCGUCAGUUGUAGCCAUUCGCCUGCUGGGGAGUACACCUUCAAGUCAUCCUGCGAGUUCACCUGUGAGGAAGGCUUCAUGUUGCAGGGGUCAGCCCAGGUGGAGUGCACUGCACAAGGCCAAUGGACACAGCAAGCUCCAGUUUGUGAAGCUUUCCAGUGUGAAGAGUUGUCCAGGCCAGACAGAGGUUUCAUGAAUUGUCUUCUGAGUGCGUCUGGAAAUUUCCAAAGUGGGGCCAGCUGUGAGUUCUCCUGUGAACAGGGAUUCAUGCUAAAAGGAUCCACCAGACUCCAAUGUGGCCCCACAGGGGAGUGGGACAACAAGAAACCCACAUGUGAAGCUGUGAAAUGUGAUGUGGUCCACCAUCCCCAGAGAGGCUCUGUGAAAUGCUCCCAUUCCCCUAAUGGAGACUUCACCUACCAGUCCUCCUGUGCCUUCAGCUGUGAGGAAGGCUUUGAAUUACGUGGAUCAGCUCAACUCGAGUGCACAUCUCAGGGACAGUGGACACAAAAAGUUCCCUCCUGCCAAGUGGUGCAAUGUUCGAGCCUGGCAGUUCUUGAGAAGAUCAACAUGAGCUGCAGCGGGGAGCCUGUGUUCGGCACCAUGUGCAUGUUUGCAUGUCCUGAAGGGUGGACACUCAAUGGCUCUGCAACUCUGACAUGUGAUGCCACAGGACACUGGUUGGGAACACUGCCCACCUGUGAAGCUCCUGUUGCAUCCAAUGUUCCCUUGGCAGUUGCACUUUCUGCAGCUGGAACCUCCUUUCUGACAUUAACAUCAUUUCUCCUCUGGCUUCUGAAACGUCUUCGGAAGAAAGCAAAGAAAUUUGUACCUGCCAGUAGCUGCCAAAGUCUUGAAUCAGAUGGAUCCUACCAAAUGUCUUCUGAGUUAAUUUAAAUCAGGUAUAACCAGGGAACUAGUAGAACAAAACUUGAAGAUGGCAGAGACUGAGAGCUCUCUGGAUCCACAAGCCUCCUCACCUGCCGUACCUACCACCUUUACUGCUGGGACUGCAACACCCACAGGAACUUCGGUGGACCCCAAAUCAGUGUGCAAGACAGCCUGCCUCCCAAAAGAUACUGUCUUCUCUUUCUAGUCUCAGGAUCUAGAAAGUGCUGGUUAGUCAAGGAAAGGAUUGUCUCUUCCAGGCAAAAGUGAAGAAACCAAAACUUUCUUUGAAUUCCUUUUCUAGUUCUUGCCUCACUGUGAAAUCUUGAUGGGAAAACAUACUAUUUUGUGGCAUUGUUUGUUUGUUUUUGUCCCUCUGAGUGUUUCAACUGUUGAUUAUGUGUUAUUGUCAUAGGGAAGAAUAAUAAUUGUCAAGAAUUUAGAGGAAACAAACUGGCCAAAGAUAACCAACUACUAACUACAAAAAAUGACAAAUUUUUAAUGCCCAUAAGUAACUGCAUAGGAAAGCUUGCAGAUGAUGAAAAUCUUUCUUAAUAUUCUGUGCAAGGAUUA